AUGAUCCAACAUGAUUUGGUGAUACCCUUUCUCGCUGGCCUCCCUCCACACCCAGGAUGGCUACCUAAAUGGAUGGUCUUGAUCGCAGGUGUAUCGAUCCUCAACGGACUCCAGAAUUAUUUCUCUCUAGCUGGAGCUCGAAAAGUGUACAAUCGUCGGCCCGAUCGCGUCACCGCUCUACAAAGUCGGAACUUCGGAACCUGGACUAUCACCGCUGGUCUGGUCCGAUUAUAUGCUGCCUACAAUAUUUCGAAUCCAGGGCUAUACCAUUUGGCACUAGGAACUUACGCGAUUGCCCUGUCACAUUUCUUUAUCGAGGCUGUUGUUUACAAGACCACCGGGUGGGGUGCCUUACCGCCAUUCAUCGUAGCCUCCGUUUCUCUGGGCUGGAUGAUUAAGCAAUACGACCAUUACCUAUUUUAA